UUGCAAGGUAACCAAUGAUUGACAAUAGAAAACAGGUAGAAGGCAAAAAAAAUAUUGCAAAAAUCAAAUGGCUAGUGUUUCAGUAACAUGUUCUUUACCACUUCAACCACCAUCUGCUUCAUCACAAUCACAGUCCCGCAAAUUGGUUGAUACAGUUAUUGCAACUCCAGUUCACUAUAACAGUAGCAGUAGCUUAAAACCCAUUGUUGUUAACGGGGACCCACCCACUUUCGUUUCUGCUCCAGGUCGCAGAAUCGUAGCAGUUGGAGAUUUGCAUGGGGAUCUUGAUAAGGCAAGAUGUGCACUUGAGACGGCUGGUGUUCUGAGUUCUGAUGAUCAAGGUUUGUGGAUUGGUGGUGAGACGGUGUUGGUUCAGCUUGGAGAUAUACUUGAUCGAGGUGAAGAUGAACUUGCAAUUUUAUCUUUGUUGAAGUCACUAGAUAUCCAGGCAAAAGCCCAUGGUGGUGCAGUUUUCCAGGUCAAUGGAAAUCAUGAAACUAUGAAUGUCGAAGGAGACUUCAGAUACGUUGAUAAUGGGGCACUAGACGAAUGUAUAGACUUUCUGGAAUACUUGGAAGAAUGUGAACACGACUGGGAAGAAGCUUUUGUCAAUUGGUGUGCUGUUUCUGGCAGAUGGAAACAGGAUCGGCAGGUGUCUCAAAAUUAUUGGGCUCCUUGGAAUUUGGUGAAGCGGCAAAAGGGUGUAAUUGCAAGAUCAAUCCUCAUGAGACCUGGGGGUCCAUUGGCAUGUGAGUUGGCACAGCAUGGUGUUGUUCUUAAGGUUGAUGAUUGGCUCUUCUGCCAUGGUGGCCUUCUUCCUCAUCAUGUUGCCUAUGGCUUAGAGAGACUGAAUAGUGAAGUUUCGCAAUGGAUGAAAGGUCCAAGCGAAGCAGACGAUUCUCCACAGAUGCCUUUCAUAGCCACUAGGGGCUAUGACAGUAUUGUGUGGAACCGUUUAUACUCCAGAGAUGGCCCAGAGCUGGAAGACUACCAGCUCGAACAGAUACAAUCUCUUCUUGAAGAGACGCUACAAAGUGUGGGUGCCAAAGCAAUGGUUGUAGGACAUACUCCUCAACCUAUGGGAGUGAAUUGUAAAUACAACUGUAACAUAUGGCGCAUUGAUGUAGGAAUGUCUAGGGGAGUACUUGACUCAAGUCCUGAGGUCCUAGAAAUAAGAGAUAAUAAAGCUAAGGCCCUAAGGAGCACUAGAGAUUGGUCCAGCGAACUUCAGGUUGCUGAUUACACGUAGAUAUUGUGGAAACCCCAAGGCUUUUGACUCUUUCAGAUUUUCAUGGCUCAAUGCCUGUUUUGUCGAGUGAGAAUAAGACAAUAUGGGGUUUUUGUCUCCUUACAAAUGGCCAUGUGAAUUGGUGAAUGAGCGAUUUCAACCAUUCCAGGAAACAGGGAUCUGUGGAUUGAAUUCUGGCUCCUUGUUUCUGUUUGUAUAAAUUGUGUAUAGUGGUCCCUUGUAAUUUAUAUAGUAGUCAGAAAUAUCUGGUGUUCAUUAGUAUAUAGCAAUUCCGAGGUACUGAUAACCUGGUAAUUAACAAUAAAAAUCAUUUGUUACAUGUACUUUUAACCAAUCAAUAAAACAUUGGAUGCUCAAUCAGAA